GCCGUUUCCAUGGAUACCAUAAACUUACCAUGGCGGAGCUGCAGUGUAGCUUUACACGCUAAUAAAACCUAGUUAAAUCCACAAAUUACAAAACUAAUAUACUGUUUGACAUCUUGUGGAGGUGAGGAAAUCGAAAAUAUACCUAAAGACUAGUUUAGCAAUGUCUUGGAACUGGAAUAGCCAUGGAUUACCAUUUUUACCAGGAUACACUUUUCGGGAUGUAACGAAGUCAGCCUUCCAUCGUUCCCAGACACUGGACUAUAAGAAUGGCUAUGCUCUGCCUCGUCGCCCCACUGUGGGUAUUGGACAGGAUCCUCUUUUAUCAGAGCAGCUGAUCCAGCAGGAGAUCAGUGAGUUGUCCUUUGAGACACCAGACAUUACUUAUGGCUCCUUUGACCAGAGCCUAACCGAAGACUUCAUCCCAGCUCAUGUGGCCCUUGACAAGAAGGUGCUGCGCUAUUAUGCAUACUUUCAGGAAAAUAUCCUGUAUUCCCCUGAAGAGGAGUAUCGCAUACGCCCUGUGGUCAUUUACUACUACCUUGAAGAUGACAGCAUGUGCAUCAUUGAGCCCAUGGUGGCGAAUUCUGGGAUACCACAGGGGAAACGGAUCAAACGGCAGCGUCUGCCCAAGAACGAACGUGGAGAGCAUUACCAGUGGAAAGACCUCAACCUUGGCAUGGACCUGGAGGUGUACGGGGUCAAGUACCACAUCACACAGUGUGACGCUUUUACAAAGGAAUUCAUGGAAAGUGAGGGCAUUGUUCUGAAUGAACCUGAGCCAAUACCUGUGGACCCUUACAGCAAACGUUGCAAAACCCCUCGGCCUUCCUACACAACACCCUCCGAAUUUGACCGCAUGCACCAGUUUCUCACCAUGGAUCGUAAGGUGCUGCAUUUCUUUGCCCUUUGGGACGAUACUGACUCUCUGUACGGGGAGACCAGGCCUGUAACCAUCCAGUAUUUCCUGGUGGAUGACACAGUGGAGAUCAGAGAGGUCCAUGAACCCAACAGUGGCCGGGAUCCCUUCCCUGUCCUGAUGCGCAGACAGAAGCUGCCCAAGAAAAUCAAACCUGAGACCUUUCCCAGCUGUGUGCUGGAGGUUUCAACAGAGGAAGUGGACGAGUACUACUCCCCCAAAGACUUCCAGGUGGGUCAAAUGAUGAAGUUGCUGGGCCGUCGCUUCCUACUGUAUGACUGUGAUGGCUUCACUAAAGACUAUUACCAGAAGAACCACCCUACCAUGGAGAUAAAACCCAUAGAGGUACCAAAGAAGACUGACAUGCUUCAGGAGAGGAAGAUGGAGGUUCCUCCCUAUAAUGGUUUUGGUUCACUUGAAGACUCUCUCCAGAAUUGUUUGUCUUUAAUCCCUGAGCCUCCCAAGAAGAACUUGCUAAAGAUGCUGGAAAACAGCCACAAAGUGUUGCGCUACAGUGCCAGGCUGGACUCCCAGAAUCCCAAAGAUGAGGGCCGACGUUUCAUACUGUCCUACUUCCUGUCCAAUGACAUGAUCAGUAUUUUUGAAAAGCCCACUCGCAACUCUGGUAUCAUCGGUGGCAAGUUCCUGGAGAAGACGCGCAUCCCCAAGCCAGGCUCUACAGUGGACAAUCCUGAGUUCUACUCACCUGCAGACUUUGCUAUAGGAGCCACUGUGGAGGUUUUCAGCCACCGCUUUGUGUUGACCGAUGCUGAUCAUUAUGUUCUGACGUACCUGGAGUCUAACUCAAGCCAGAUCCCUUGUCAGACACUGGAUUCUUUGCACCAGAAGCUGCGUGUGGGGACAGCAACUCACCAGCCAGCUGACCGAAAUGGUGAUGAUGUGGCAGAGCCAUCUUCAUGAUCUCAGGGAAGGCUGGAUUGCCUCAAGUGCUGUUCACGCCCCAAUAAAUCAGACCACCAGAGUAUGAAUCAAAGUUAACAUAAUAAAUAAACACUGGACCUGCUGCAGAAAA